AUGCUAUAAUAAUUGUUUCCAUUCUUAUUCAUAUUUUCACUUAUUAAAUGUUAGACCUUAGAGAGUUUAGAUGUUUCAUGUAAACAAGAUUGUAAAAAUAUACAUGUAAUAUUUAAUAACUAUUCAUUCAGAUUGUAAAAAAUGGAUCAUUAUUUUGGAGAGAAUAAACUUUAGUUGAUGAUUAAAAAGAGUUUUUAUAAUUAACAGUAUACAUCAUAACUACAUAAUAGUUUGAUAAUUUAAAUCCAAAAUAGUCUAUGAAUCUUAAACUUGAAUUGACAGAAUAGGUUUUCAAUAAUUAAUCCUUAUAUGAAAUUCAUCCAUCCUAAAUAAAUAAUCUAACAACUUAGAAAAUCAAUAUCAUUUUCAAAUGUCACAAUGACAUUGAACUAUAAUUUAAAUUAAAAGUUGAAAUAAUUAAUAGUACUAAUCAAACAUUAAUUAUACCAUUUAAGAAACAAUGUAAUGAAUAAUAUUUUGAUCCUACUAAAUAUUCUGUCUAUCUUAAAGAUUUAAAUAAUGAAAAUAUUUCAAUUGGAUGGGAUAAUAGUAAACCUUAAAUACUAUAAAAUAUUUCUGCUGUUUUUGAAUUCAUACCUCCUGAAAAUUGUAAAUAUACUCUACUCAAUAUCUAGAAACCAUCUAUAUUUAGAAUGUUGAAUUAAACAUUGAUAAUAAUAACACUAAAAGUGCCAAAGACUUAAUCAAAAAAAAUUGUCUUGAUGCUCCAUUAGCUUAUGUUAGUAAUAGUAAAAAAUUAAUCAUCAAACCAGAAAUUACAUGUAACAACAUUUCUAAUGAAAAAAGUAAAUUCAAUAAUUUAAUAAUAGUAUUAUUCCAUUUAAAAAUCGAUUCUUUUAAAUUAAAAGAACCAUUUUUUAUUUACUUCUUUAAAUAAUGUGAUAAGAAAGACAAAGAUUUAGAAAAUAAUUAAGAAUUUCCAAUUUUUAUUGGAACUAAAAAAAAUACAAAUGAAUUGUUCAGAGCAGGAGUAUCUUAAAUUGAUUACAAUUACACUACAAAAUCAAUAUCUGAAAAUACUAAUGCUUUUUAAAUGUUUAUUUAUUUUAAAACAAAAGACAAACAAACUAUUUAAGAAAGACUAUUUCCAAAUGGAUAGAAAAUUGAUAUUGAUAUAGUAACAAGAGUUAGGGAUGAAGAAAUUCUAAAAAUUAAACACUAAAAAAAAUUAUAAAUGAAUAAUGUUGAUGACAGAAAAUAGAUUUUAUUAUAUUUUGAAUGUUAAUAAUAAGGAAAUUCAACUGUCUAUGUUGAUAUCAUUUUUAAUUAUUAAAAAGAUUCUCAUAAAUAGGCAUCAUUUUCAUUUAAUAAAUUUUGUGCCAAGACUAUUUAAAAAUAAGAAAAAACCUUAUUUGGAGAAGUUGUGUAUUACAUUAUUUGUAUUGUUGCCAUGCUUUUUGGAGUAUAGACUAUUAGGUUAUUUACUAGUAACUUUUUAUAAUAAUAUUAUUUAGAUUUAAUCAAAUAAGAUGCUAAUGUUCCAGAAGUUACGAUCGAUACUUCUUAUAAAAGAGGUUAUAGUAAUAUUGAAGAAGAGAAAUAAAUUGAAUUGUGAC